UCCCGUUGCCAUUGGUUAUUGGACGUGGUUCCGAAGCUGGUAAACGCCAGCGAACGCGUGAGAAAAUCCCACAAACCCAGUGUCAGUACGAUGUGAAAAAUCGCGAACCACGCUCGAGAAGCAGCGCGGCUCACACACAGCUAAAGACGGACGAUCGCACAUGGCUAAAGCGACGAGAUGUCCAUAGAUGGGGGAAUACCUCCGCCGCAGCGCAUGCAAAUAUAAACACCAUCUUUAUUUUGGACCUGGUGAUAUACUUUUAAAUUUAUUCUUACAAAAAGCAAACAAAGUGGAGGUCUUCUGUUGAGGUGAUGGGGAAAAUUCCAGAAAUGGCAAAACUAGCAAAGUCAGAAAGUGUAAAGGUCAUUGUACGGUGCCGUCCCAUGAGUGAACGGGAAAUUCAAGACGGCCACGAAAGGGUGGUCGAGCUGUACCCUGAACGAGGUGUCAUUGAAAUUCGCAACCGAAAAGCUGCAGAUGAUGAAGCCGUUAAACAGUACACUUUCGACGCUGUCUACGAUUGGAAUUCCAAACAGAUGGACCUCUACGAUGAGACAUUCCGGCCACUGGUUGAUUCUGUACUCGAGGGAUUCAACGGCACCAUUUUUGCUUACGGUCAGACGGGCACGGGAAAGACAUACACGAUGGAAGGUGUCCUUAAUGAUCCUGAGAAACAAGGUGUUAUCCCACACUCUUUUGAGCACAUCUUCAGCCAUAUUGCCAGGUCCCAAAAUCAGCAGUACCUCGUGAGAGCAUCGUACCUAGAGAUAUACCAAGAAGAGAUCAGAGACCUCAUAGCUAAAGACCAGACAAAGAGGCUAGAACUCAAGGAAAAGCCUGACACUGGAGUAUAUAUUAAGGAUCUUUCAUCGUUUGUAUGCAAGAAUAUCAAGGAGAUUGAACAUGUUAUGUCUAUAGGAAAUCACAACAGAUCUGUAGGGGCUACGAAUAUGAAUCUUCACAGUUCAAGAUCACACGCUAUUUUCAUUACAACAGUGGAACAUAGUGAUCUUGGGCCAGACGGAAAGCACCAUAUCCGAGUGGGCAAGCUCAACUUGGUCGACCUCGCGGGCAGUGAGAGGCAGAACAAGACUGGGACGGUUGGGGAACGUCAGAAAGAAGCCAUUAAGAUCAACCUCUCGCUUUCUGCACUAGGAAAUGUUAUUUCAGCCUUGGUAGAUGGGAAGAGCUCACACAUUCCAUACAGAGAUUCGAAGCUCACGAGGCUCCUUCAAGAUUCCUUGGGAGGUAACUCAAAGACAGUGAUGGUUGCCAACAUUGGCCCUGCAAGCUACAACUACGAAGAAACUCUGACCACAUUAAGGUAUGCAAGUCGAGCCAAGAAUAUUAAAAACAAGCCACACGUUAAUGAGGAUCCGAAGGAUGCGCUACUGCGAGAGUUCCAGCAAGAGAUAUCGAGGCUAAAAGAGCAGCUCGCAUCCCGUGACGUAAAGAAGAAGAGGAAGCGGACUUCCAGGGAAGUCUCUUCGGGAUCGGAAGCUGAAAAUGAUGACGAAGAGGAUGCUUCGAUGCAACUACAAAGGAAAUUAGAAGAGGAGAAAAAUGCUAUCCUUAAUGACCACAGUCUUAUAGCAGAGGAGAAAGAAAGGCUUCUAAACGAGGUGCAGAAACGACAGGAGCAGCUCUCCCAAGAGCAAGAAGCAACUGAUAAACUAGCACAGAAAGUUACAAGCUUAGAGAGCAAGCUCCUUUCUGGUGGAAAGAACAUCGUUGAUCACACAAAUGAACAGCAGAGGGCACUGGAGCAGAGAAGACAAGAGAUUGCAGAACAAAAGCGCCGAGAGAGGGAGAUGCUGCAAAAGCUCGAGGUCCAAGAAGAAGGAGCUAGUGAAAUUAAGGAGACCUAUAGUUCUCUUCAACAAGAGGUGGAGAUUAAGACAAGGAAACUUAGAAAGCUUUUUGCGAAGCUUCAGUCUGUCAAGACCGAGAUACAAGACCUCCAGGAGGAACAUUCCAAGGAGCGUCGAGAGUUGGAGCAAACGCAGAAUGAGCUUACAAAAGAGCUUAAGUUGAAGUACUUGAUCAUCGAGAAUUUUAUUCCCCCGGAAGAAAAAAUUCGGAUUCUUUCGAGGGUAGUCUACGAUGAGGAUGAUGACCAGUGGAGACUGGUCCCGAUAUCAGAAAUUCCGGGAUCUCAGCAGCCCCUGAAGAGGCCUGUCUCAUCUGCUGGAAGUCGAAGACCAGUAUCCGAGUAUGCCAGGGCAGCAGCAGCUUCAGCGGGAAGAAGAAGUCUGCGAUAUAAGGGUGAAAAUAUCCUACAAGUUGAACUGGAUAUGCCAACAAGAACAACUAGAGAUUAUAAUGCACCUUCUGUUGCACCACACUUGAGGGCAGCUUUGGAUGAUGCACUCAAAGAAGAAGAGGAUCUAGACAUUGAUGCUAGCUUAAGCAUAUUUCAACUCGAUAAGAGUGUCAAAGCAAAGUGGAAGGGUCGAAGCCAGAGUUCCCGGUCAAAGUCUGCCCGUCCCACUAAGUCAGCCGAAGCAAGAGGAACAAGCGAGAAUGGCGAGGGGAACUACCCAGAGUCCCGAGGCUUGGUGCCCAAGUGAAUGUCGGAGCCCCUACAGAACCCAUACAAGGCAGCCCUAGCCCUGCUAGUAGUGCAAGCACUCCUCUUCCUAGCAGCAUACAUUGAGGUCGCAUGGUGACACGAGGAUAUUACUGUUCUACGAUGUAUUGCGCUAUUUUGAAACAGAGUUGCUACUCAUGUCAGCAGGCCAAAGUCGAUCUACCUGGAAAACAGUCGAAAGCAAAGCUGAGGCAUCACUUGCAGGGUAUUCCAGUAACCGCGUCAAGAAAGUUAAGAGGGCUCUCUCCAUUGGGUCCGCAGUGUUUUGGGCGUAGAAUGUACUGUGGUGACUAGCUAGCUUAUCAGUUAAAAUAUUUAGCUAACAAAUAAUUCAGGUUCAUUACAUUAACUGAAGUCCACUCAAAAAUGUAAUGCCAAAAUGUUACAUGACAUUUCUGAGGUACCGGCCACAUAAACAAUCGGAAAGACCCGAUGGAAAUAUAUGCAAUCAAGGACGUUUAUCUGUAGGAAACUUUCGCCACAUACUACAAGUAACUUUAUCAAAUUUUAUUUGAAAGAAAUUUAAUUUUGUGUGUUGAACUCCAAGCUUGACAAAGUCAGCAUAAUGAGUUUUUAUUUUAUUUUUUUUACAGAAAAGGAAAACACAUUUCAGACUUACCCCAUUCCAUUACAAAAUCCAGACCCACUGCAAUGGUAAAUUGUAGACUUUGCAAAUUUCAGAGUUGAAUUCAAUAAAUUAAAUUACUUUGAUUUAAAAUUUGAUAAAAUGACUAGUAGUAGGUAAAAGUUCCUUACAGGUAAAUUAUCAUCACAAAUUGUGCUGUGGCAUGCUUUUUCAUCAAAAAUUUGUUUACGUGGUUACUGAAAUACCCUGUGCGAAAACAAUGAUUCGGUUUACCCCAGUUCUGCAGCUCUGUAACCUAACUAAGAUGCAUGAGCAUGCACUAGCAACUCUGUCUGAAGAUACGUACACCACAGGCUUAUUAAUUGGUUGACUCAGAACCCCACUUAACUUGGAAUAACUUGGCUUUGAAUUAACGCAGUAUAUUUGUGCGUGAUUAUGUUGAACAUUAGCCUUGACAUAUUGUCGAUUGAUACAUAUUGAACAAGGGGUAUGAGACAACUACAAUGCUGUUGAGCUCAGGAUGUACACCACAAGUACACAGCUCCGUGCUAUCAGCAUGUCUAUCCUCGAAACUGUCCUUAGAUGUGUGAUGCAUGUAUCGCAAAUGUGACAAUAGCUCUACAAACAAACCCAGUUCUUGCCAAGCACACACCAUAUUGUUUGCGGAUAUACGUGGUGAAAUCCCGCUAACGUUCCUUAAACCUCACACCAUUGAAGAUGUUGCAGAUGCUUUUCAACGGUGCAUAUUAGCUCCUUCGAGUAACCUCGGACAUAUGUACUUACUGCAGAAUGUUAGGCAAACAAACAGUGAUAGUGAUAGCAGCACUAGCCUGAUAAUGUCAUUGCAUUCAGGGAAAAAGCAAAGUCCUUUUGGUAAAGCACCUUAGAAACCCUGGAGAUAACUAAGCAGGCACUCAUAAAUGGGUGUAGAAAUUGCAACAUUGAUUAUUAUGAAAUGUGGUAUCUGCGUUCUGCCGUAGCUUUUGUUAAUUGCGUAUACGGUAUCAAAAUACAGUUGUGGGACCCCGCUCUGAUGCACCAGAUUGGAGUGACUAUGAUUCCAUGGUGUGAGUGAGCUUGUACAAUGAACAAUAGGAAGAGUAUGUUUAUGGAUCUGCAGUCAAAGUAUUUGCUGUGCUUAGUACCAGACUAAGGCUUGUACAGUGAAUACCACACCAAUACUACCUACAUGAUAGAAGUAAAUUGCAAAACUGCUUCUGCGCUGCAUGUCCAUAUUGUACCCACAACUUUACUGUGCUUGGUAUUGCUGAAGUGAAGUGUGAUACAUGCUCUGCAUAAGUAUUUUUCCAUUCUGAUGUUACAUAAAGGAGAGAUGGGGUAGCAUGGGCUGAUAAACCGAUAUUUUGAAGCAAUGCUGGGAGAUAACAUGACUUAACAAGGUGUGUUAGAUUAAUAAGCAAUGUAUUCUCAUUUGCAGUUUCGUACACACACAUUUGAGGCAGGUUGCACUAGACAAUACUGAAUUGCAUUUUAGUAGCAUUGACAAUGCUUCGAGUGCAGUAGGAUUGAAAUGGUAUAGUUGAAUGGCUGUCUAGGUUAUAUUUGUGUUCCUGUGAACAAUACCGAAAUCCUUCAAAAUAUCGGAAAGCAGAAAAUCCAGUGAGGGUGAAUUCAAGCAGAAGCCUCAGCACAGAUACUGUUCUUCUACCGAGCGCAGCACAGGAACAGUCUUUGUUCAAAAUCUCGUCUGCUUCAGAACUGAGGCUUCUGCUUCAAUCAGCUUUGAAAUCUCUUUUGUAAUGGUGUGUUAUUUAUUGAUUUAUUUAUUCAGAAGUGUUGGACCAUCAUAUCAUAACGGUAUGAUAUCGUGAUAUAUUUAACAGAGGUAUUUUGAUUUGUUUAUAUCGUGCAUGGAUGGUUACCUGUGAUCUAACAAGAUAAGCGGUGACAGUUUUGCGGUUACCGUGAAUGCUGGCAGAACAAAGAUGGACGUCAUUCCAGACACUUAUUUGUUAAUUUUUGUUUAUUUCUUUGUGCUCACACAAGAUUAAACUUGACUUUGCUUAAUGUA